ACUGUGUUCAAAAAUUUCAGUUGAUUAUCAUAUUUUAUUUGAACUGACCUUGUAUACGAUAUUCGAGUGGAUUGGUAUAACAAAACCAAGCAAUAAUUUUUCGUUGGGACUUUCUCUGGACGCGAUUAACCAGUUUUGACUUUCUAUUCACCGAAACGCAGAGUUCAAGAUGUCAAAGUAAAUGUCAAACCCAUAUGAUAUGAGCGUUUUGUUUUGAUUAGAUGUCGAACGUUGUUUUUAUGGCUUAGAACGACAAACCGCAUCUAGGAAGUUAAAUAGAGGCAAGAGCAGCACUUUUUAGAGAUAACGAUCAAAACGAUUCCACACAUGCUUUAUAACGUGUUGCAUUCAAACAUUUAUAUCAGUGUAAAUUGUUCAUCGAAAUUCGAUUUGACGUAGCACCGCGAACAAAAGAAAUAAUGGAUCAUUUAUUCUUGGGUUCAGUUGCGCAUUGUGAAUCACGUGAUUACCUGGAAACAUUUGAAAAUGGAUUUGUUGCCAUUGAAAAGGGCAAAAUUAUUGGUAUUGGUGAUCGUUCAGCGCUGCCACCUGAUUAUUUAAAUUCAUUGCCAGUGACUACUUUAUCACCAUCUCAAUUUCUGCUGCCUGGUUUCGUAGACUGUCACAUUCAUGCGCCACAGUAUCCAAAUAUCGGCUUAGGUUUGGAUCUUCCGCUAUUAAAAUGGCUUGAUACGUAUACAUUCCCGUUAGAAUCGGCCUAUAGCAAUACUGAUUUUGCCAAACAAGUCUACGAAGCGGUGGUGCGUCGAACAAUCAAUUGUGGGACCACUAUGGCGUCGUAUUUUGCUACCAACCACAAAGACAGUUCAUUGAUACUGGCAUAUGAAGCCACAAAACAAGGUCAACGUGCUUUUGUUGGAAAGGUGUGCUCAAAUAAUGCAUCGCCAGAUUACUACAUUGAAAAAACUGCGGAUUCACUGCGAGAUACUGAAACAUUCAUCAAUGAUGUGUUAAAUUUGAAUAAUCCUUUAGUAAGACCUAUCAUCACACCACGAUUCGCAUUGUCUUGCACAUCGGAGUUGCUGAAUGGAUUGAGUGAUUUGGCUGCCAAAUAUGGAUUGAAUAUUCAAUCCCAUAUUUCAGAGAAUUGUGGUGAGAUUGAAGCGGUUAAAGACAUCUUCAAGAAAGAAACAUACACCGAAGUCUAUGAAGAUACUAAAUUGAUGACGAGCAAAUGCAUUAUGGCACACGGGGUACACUUGGAAGAUGAAGAAUUGCAACUUUUCAAAAAGUAUGGCACUUCAGUGGCCCAUUGUCCAACAUCGAAUAUAAAGCUGAGAUCCGGUUUAUGCGAUGUACGCCGCUUGUGGAAUGCUGGCAUUAAAGUUGGACUAGGAACCGAUGUUUCAGGCGGUCAUAAUGCUUCGAUGCUCGUCGCAAUUCAAGAUGCAUUGAAUGUGUCACACUGUUUGAAUAUAUUUAAAAAGCAACACAUUUUUGGAUCCGGAAGGAUUCAAAAUCCGAACGACAAUAGCAAUAAGAACUAUGAACCAUUGGAGUACAAACACGCUUUGUAUUUAGCCACAUUGGGCGGUGCGCAUGCAUUAUCCCUCGAUAGUGUAUGCGGGAACUUUGCAGUCGGGAAGGAUUUUGACGCAUUAUUAGUUGACAUAUCCAAAGCACCAUUGGAUCUAUUUGAUAUUCCAGCUUCCGUUAAUGAAAAAUCGAUCGCAUCACAUGGUCGUGUGGAUAAAAUGGUUCAAAAGUUUUUGUAUGCCGGUGACGAUCGAAAUAUUGUCAAGGUUUUCAUUGCAGGCAAGCAGGUGAAGAACGACCAUUCCAUCUAGCAUUCCAUUCAGUUUUUAUUUUGUAAUACUGCCAAAACUAUUCUUUACCAAAGAAAGUGCUAUGUAUUCCAUCGGUUUGUUACUUUUUUAAUUAGUUUCUUUUUUAUGUUCAGAGUAAAUAUUCAUUAAAAAAAAUGAAAAAGAAAAGGUUAUAUUUUAAUUAUUCGUGAACAACUUUUCAAUGCCGUGAGUUCGUGGUGGACUCUUUAUUACCGUGAGUUCGUACGUGUACUUAAAACGAGCUAUAAUUGGAAAAAUCAUGCACAAAUUAAAUAUUGGUGUAAUGAUUGAAAUUAACUCAAUUUUUUUAAGUUAUUAUAAUUGAGAGACGUUGUUUUUAUUUUGUAAUGCUAUUUGGAGCCUACAGACUUAAUUAAGUUAGUAAAUCUUAAAUUCUACUAUGUCUAUUUUGUUGGAUUGCUAAUGCAUUUCUAAUUUUGUAUUUGUUUGUUUUUUGUUUUUAUUUCACGUUGACAAAUAAGAUAUUCUUUUAAUAACAGAUUUUAGUUUGUUUGCUUGUGUGUAAAUAAAAUGAAAUUAAAUUUCACAUUAGAUAAAAUAUAUCUGGUCAACCAAUAAAACAAUCAAAGAUAAUAAUAUUAAUAAUAAUAAUAAUGAUAAUACAUGCUUAGAAAAGUGUAUUUGUGUGUGUGUGUUUUCAUUUUGAGUAAUGAAUAAAAGUUGAAAAGGUGUUGUUUGCGCUCGUGCAGUCGCUAUAUUAUAUAUAUGGUGAGGAUCUUAAGAAAAUGUUGGAUUAGCAAAUAAAUGUUGUUUGUUUUCGUGUA